AUGACAUGUAAAUCCGAGGAAAUAUUAGAGACUCCAGAGGGACCUAUUUAUAUCCAGGACGCUAUUGGUGGGUUAGGAUUGCAAUUCGGUUAUCGUAGUGAUGCAACAGAAGUGAAAGAUGAAAAGAAGCUGCGAAUUUGGACACGAUAUUUCCAAGACAAUGGUAGGAACUUGACUUUGGUACGUCAACCAAUUUUUGGAAAAAUGGUGAGAGCUGGUUUACCAAAUGCUCUUCGUGGAGAAGUUUGGGAAAUGUGUUCUGGGUCAAUCUACCUUCGGUUUGCCAACAAAGGUGUUUAUCAGCAAAUUUUAGAUUCACAUAAAGAUGUUGAUUCAUUCGUAAAAGAUGAAAUCGAAAAGGACUUGCACCGGUCGCUCCCUGAGUAUGAAGCUUACCAAACAUCAGAAGGAAUUUCUAGAUUGCGAAGAGUACUGACAGCGUAUUCUUGGAAGAAUACUGAACUUGGUUAUUGUCAAGCUAUGAAUAUAGUUACCUCUUCUUUAUUAAUCUACAUGACGGAAGAACAGGCGUUUUGGGCACUGAACUCGUUAGUUGAUCACCUUUGUCCUGGUUAUUAUAGCUCUUCCAUGUAUGGUGUUCUUUUGGACCAAGUUGUAUUAGAGGAGCUUGUGAAAAAGUAUAUGCCAAAGCUCACAGAACACUUUCAGGAAAGACAGAUCCAGCUCUCCGUUGCUUGUCUGCCUUGGUUCUUAACCUUGUAUAUCAAUUCUAUGCCACUGCCUUUUGCAUUCCGUAUUUUGGAUUGCUUCUUUUUAGAAGGAUCAAAAAUACUCUUUCAAAUUGCCUUAGCCAUUUUGAAGAUAAACGAGAAAGAACUGUUAACAGUUGAUGAUGACUCUGAACUACUCGUCAUUGCAAAAGAGUUCUUUAAGGCUUUGAAUAUGCCAAUGGAUGAUACAGCUACAGAACAGCAUCAUACAAAGCCAUCAGACAUAUUCAAUAAUUUAAUGAAGUCUGCCUACACUGACUUUAACAAAGUCACUUCUGACCAGAUCACAGAACUCCGUAGACAAAACGAACUAAGAGUGAUCGGAGGUGUAGAGACUUUCACUAAGCGCAAUGCUCUUCGAAACGUAAAGAACACAGUUUAUUUCAGUAACGAUGAGAUCUCCAUCAUAUACGACUACUUUUCUUCUGCUCUUUAUUAUGCAAACAAUCAAGGCAAAUCUAUCGUACCUGAAAUGGACCUGAAAGCAUUUACUAAAAUGUUGGAAAGCAUGACUACUUGGGCCAAAUUCAACAAUCAAAAUAGCAAUAAUACUAGCAGUGUCAUUGCAGGCAAUAGUAGUGAUUCUAUGCGAAUCGCUCAAGCCAUCUUACAGUCUUUUAUACGGAGAUUGUUUGAAAAUUUCAGAGCCGAGGGUCGAACAGGUAUCGCACUUGUUGAUACAGUGACAAAAUUAGGGGAAAUCCUUCGAGGGGAUAUCAUGUCAAAAGCAGCAUUCUUUUUUGCGCUGUAUGAUAAAGAUAAAAAGGACAUAUUGACCAAUCAAGAGCUUUAUUCAAUGGCAAGUGAAUUCCACUUGAUCCUAUGCCUUUUAGAAAUACCUCAUCCACUAGAUACCAUUGCAAACUUUAUUUGUCUGAGCGCAGAACAAACAAACACCCCCAAAGCCAUGGAGCACUUGCAUCAACAGUUGGAUGUGUUUGACAGAGACGAUAUUGGAUCAGAAUCUGGCGAACUGGAUAUGAAGAGAGUUUUUGAAUUCACAAAUGACUUUCAUCAAGUGCUAAUGGGAACUGAAGCACCAAUGAUUGAAAUUACUUUGCCUAUGUUCCGCAUGAUUGUCCUGACCGAAGAAAGUUUAGAUCAAUUUAUCCAGACUGAUUUUCCUCAAAGCUUCAAAUUGCAAAAAUCACUUGUGGAAAGACAAAAAGGGUUAGGACAUGAAAUAUUUGAAGCAUUGCUAGUAGAAGGCAAAAAAUUUGCAAGUAACAUGACAGCAGCUGGUCAACAAGAUAAAUUAUCUGUUUCAAAUACCAAGAACAGGUCAAUGCUAACUUGUUCACGAUCACCCAAAUCAGUCAAAUCCACUGUUUCGAAUUUUGAAGAUGAUGAUUAUGAACUAAUAUAA